UCCCACUCUUCACCAUUAUUCUUCGCGUGUUGUUUGAGAAUCCCAGACUGUCUUCUGGCUCCCGUUCUUCCCCCUCCUUGGACGCCAUGACAACUGUCACAUGACCCUGCAAACACAGCGUCUCCAGGUCUGCACCAGGCCCCAGCUGCUCCUCUGUCUGGAAGGAGCAAGACGAUUUUGUUGCUGAGAUGCACGGAGCCCCCCGGCUGACCUUUCCCUGUGCCAGUGAGUACCUGUGGCAUGCAAGGGAGAAAGCCUAUCAGGACCACAGGAGAAAGGUCCAGAGCGCCCAGCCGCUGGUAGACACCCGCACCCCGCUGACGUUCCACCAUCUCCACCUGAAACUCAAGAGGCUGAAGCUGGAGGAGGAACGGCUCUCCGUCAUCGAGAGGGACAACCGCCUGCUCCUGGAGAAGGUGGCCUCUGUCAUGAGGACCAGGGGACAGACUGACAGCAAAAACAACUCCAAGCACAGGAGGUAA